UCUUCUGGUGGGGGCCUUCAAACCAUCUCUAUCUAAACCAGCAUCAUCAUUAUCUUCAAUCUUGAAAGUCUUGUUGUUUUACUUCAUAAUAUAAUUAUCUUUUUUAGGUACAAUAGUUAAUUAACUACCCAAUUUUCUGUAAUUUUUUUUUCUUACAACGUUAGCAACUCUUCACCGGACCCCCUUUUGCAUGAACGAAAUUAUUAUAAAAAGGAUAAAAAAAUCCAAUCUUUUUGGCAUUUUCACUGACCCUUUUCUGUCAUCUUUUGAAAAGUUUAUGCUUUAAGAAUAUUAAAGGGAAAAAAAGGAAAAAGAUGAAAAGAUGAAAAGCCUAUUUUCUGCACAUUCUGAUAUUUUUGCAUUAUGAUUCAUUCAACUUUUUCACUUGUGCAUUCCUUGUUUCAGUGCUGAUGAUUAAGGUACUGAUUUUCAGUACUUUCCAGAAGCACCAGAAACUGACAGUUAUUGCUGUAAUAAAAGAGCUUUUAUGGAUAAUUGUUGGUGUCCUAAAACACAGCACAUGGCCUUGUUUUGAUUGGCUGCAGCCUCCUACCAUCUCCUUGUCUGAAUUCAAUACAGCUUUCUUAUUUUGCAGCUAGUCUACGCAAUCAUAAUUUGCCCAUUUUUGCCUCAAAAUGUUGUAUGUAUAGUUGUAUCUCUUGUAGCUUUCUGAAUAAUAUUCAGUUAUCUUGGAGGAUCAAUGGGUGAAUCUUUGGUUGAAAUGCCAACUGCCGAGGAGAAGAUGGAUGAGUCGUUUAAGGCUAGUGGUGGAUUGGAUGUGUCUGUCUCAUUUGGUAGAUUUGAGAAUGAUGUUCUUUCAUGGGAGAAGUGGUCGUCGUUUUCUCCGAACAAGUAUUUGGAGGAAGUCGGGAGCCUCUCGACUCCCGGCUCAGUAGCUCAGAAGAAGGCCUAUUUCGAGGCUCACUACAAGAAGAUUGCUGCUCGGAAAGCUGAGGAGGAGGAGGAGGAGGAGGAGGAGAAGCCGAUGGUCCCUGCUGCUCGUAGCUUAGAUGAGUCGAGCAAUGGCGAUUGCGUGCAGAGUUUUGAUGCAGAAUUAGGUCCGUCUUUCUCCAAUGGUGAGAGAUCAGUUGAGGCUGCUGCAGAGGCAGCUGAUGCAUCUUCUGGUAACGAGGCGAAAGAAGAUGAUGGUUUUGAUGAUUCUAGUAAGCAGGAAUCCACGACGGAUGGCUUCCUAGACGGAGUUAGGGAAGGAGAAGGUAAGGAUGCAGUCGAGCUUGAACCUAAUGCCGGUGUUGAAGCUGCUUCGUGUGAGGCGGACAGGCCUCCGGGGAGGCCCAAAGGCGCGAAGCAAACGACCCCUAAGUCGAACGCAAGGAGUGUAGCUCAAAAGGCGGGUUCGACUAGGGUUCAGACGAAACCUUUGCCAUCUUCGACUCCUAAGCAUUUCAAGGCGGCGCCACCACCACCACCACCAGCGUCCUUGGUGAAGAGAGUGAAUGGAUCAGAGGCGAUGGCCAAAGGCAAGAGAGGAGCAUCCAAGUCGUUGCACACGUCUCUCAUCUUGGAUCCGAGCUCCUCCCCUGCUCAGCCCACGGCUAGGAAGCCGUUGAUGAUGGAGAAGAUGGGGGAUAAGGACAUCAUCAGACGAGCAUUCAAGACGUUCAAGAAUCGCGUGGAUGGAUCUUGCAGCAACACCAAAUCCAGCACUCCGAAGAAGGCGACGCCUACUGCAUCGGAGGCGAGGGUCUCGACUCCUCCCCUUCGUAAGAAGGGAGACGAAGGAACAAGGAAUGAUGCUGAGAAGGCGUCUGCACGAAGGAGUCGAGCUGGAACAAGAUCAAAACCUCCGGAGAUGGAUAGGAGGAACGCGAAUGGUGCUGCCUCGUCUGCCAUUAGCUUCAGAAGCGAUGAAAGAGCUGAGAAAAGGAAAGAGUUUUUGAAGAAUUUGGAGGCGAAAUCCGUCGCUAGAGCAGCAGAAAACGCUCAACUUUGUGCAAAAUCAAAGGAAGAGAAAGAGUCUGAGAUUAGGAAAUUGAGAAAGAGCCUCAAUUUCAAGGCCAAGCCUUUGCCUUCUUUCUAUAAGGAUCAAACGACGAAAUCGCGCGUCAAAAAGGCACGUGAAUCUUGUGUCAGACGAUCUAACGAGUUGUGAUUCGGAUAAGAAUAGUAUGUCAUUAAUCGGUUUAUUUUGAAUGAAAUUUUGCAGGAUGAUCCCGACAACGAGCUCCGUCAGCAAGGUACGUCAAUCUUGUAUCAGACGAUCUAACGAGUUGUGAUUCGGAUAAGAAUAGUAUGUCAUUAAUCGGCUUAUUUUGAAUGAAAUUUUGCAGGAUGAUCCCGACAACGAGCUCCGUCAGCAACUACUAGCGCGGCACGACUGAAGGGCGUUCGUGCCACGUGUCCGAUUACGUGGACAUUGAGCUGUUAUAUAUCUUAGUCAUUUAUACUGCAGUGAUAUUUUUUUUAAUCGAUUUAUUGUAUAAAAGAUUCAUAUGUAAAUAUAGUAUUAUACUUAUUUAUGUGACCACAUAUAGAGGCUUUGUAAUACAAAGGCUAUUGUUAUUUGCUGUGAUUUUUUCAGAAUAUAAAUUUUAUAGCUUCAA